CCGGCGACGCGGCCCGGCUGCCGCCGGCUUUCAGACUGGCCGGUACUGAGGGGGCCGCGGGGCCUGCCGGGAGGGCGGGCACGGCAGGAGUGAGGCAGUGUCAAAUGUCACUGCGAGCAACACAGGACAUCCUGAGAGCUUUCGCUGCCGCUCCAUAGGCUCUGCACCGUCAAGGGGAGAUGAAGGCAAACACCAGAGGAGGUUCCAGUGCAGUGAAACCCCACGGUCCCCAGGGAGCGGCAGCUAUUCUCUCAGCAUAUUGAAGAUAUUACUCAACUCUUUUCUGGAUUUCAUUGAUGCCGCUAAGAAGUCAGCUUUCAGUCUGAAGGUCAUGGUUUUAAAGGCGGAAGACAGCAAGAGCUCAAGUGCCACCAUUCCCUCCAACGUCCCCUCCAACAUUGCCUCCAGCAUUCCCUCGUGCAGGUCCCUGUCAUCCGCCGAGGACGGCCCCAGCGGCCAUUGCAGUCUCCCAACUGGGGAGCUGGCCCGGAACUUACAGGACAGUGUCAGGCACCGCAUCCUCUACCUCUCCGAGCAGCUGAGAGUGGAGAAGGCCAGCCGGGAUGAAAACACCAUGGGCUACCUCAAGCUGGUGUCCAAAGCCGACCGGCACCAGGCCCCCCACAUCCGGCAGGCCUUCGAGAGGGUGAACCAGCGCGCCUCUGCCACCAUUGCCCAGAUCGAGCGAAGGCUCCGCCAUUGCCACCAGCAGCUGCAGGAGCUGCAGGAAGGCCGCAGGCCCAGGGGCUUUGCGCUGAAGGCAAAGAGCAGCCUGGACGAGUGCAAGCAGCCCAGCGAGAAGACCCCGUUUUCUGAGCCUCCCAAGCCGAGCAGGCCAGACGGCCUGUCCACCAAGCUGUCUGACGUUGUCAGACACGUGCCCCUGGAGAGUCACUUCCGAGCCUCGCAGCCAGGGAAGCCCUCCGAGACAAAGUGUGUGGCCCAGCGGCGCAACUUGUUGUUGCAGAAGAUGAAGGAAGACCUGAAGGCAGCCAGGGAGCUCCACCUCAGCCUCCAGGUGUCCUAUCAGAGCCUGAAGGAGAAGCAUGGGACGGACCUGCAGGCGUCUCUAGUGUCCCUUCGGGAAGAGAAAUGCAGACAAGCGCUGCUGGAGGAGCAGGCGGACCAGCACCUGCAGGGACGCCUGGAUGAGAUCUACCGCCUCAGGCAGAGCCUGGCGAGCGCAGAGGAGAAAAUGGCCUAUCUGUCCUACGAGAGAGCCAAGGAGAUAUGGGAGGUCAUGGAGACUUUCAAGAACCGCAUAUCUAAGCUUGAAACGCUACAACGAGCCACACAAGUGGAGCUGAUGGAGGGCUCCAGGACCCGCCCCCAGACGUUUGUGUCCCGAUGGGCGAGCCUGCUCCUCACGCUGGCCGCCGUCUUCCUGGUCUUCGUCUCCACUGUGUGCGCCUGUCCCCUGCCACUGGUGACCUCUCGCCUGCGCACGUGCACCACACUCAUGCUCAUCGGUCUUGGGGCCCUGGCCUGGCAGAAGCGGCACGUCCUCCCUGCCGCAGACUGGCAGGCCUGGGUCCCCUCCCGAUGGAGACUGUCUUCCAAGGACUCCAAGCCUCUAUCAGACGGGACUUAAAGUCUGGGUUCGCUGGCUCGUACCGCCUUCUGGGUGUCAAGGGCGUCCAGCCAGCCCAACCCAGAGAGCCACUUCUCAGCUGCCCCUUUCUGAUUCCAUCACCACUCGCCCGCCUUGCCCUUCUCUUCCUCGUGACCCUUCAAUACCAUCUGCAGACACAAGUCUUGAAAAUAUUAAAGUGUCUGAGGCUGAUCUGGGAACUGGGGAUCUGCAGUUCUGUCCCCCUCAUGACCUCUUGUGACCCAGUGACCAGACCCUCAGAGGCUCCGGUGUCCCCAGGCUGCAGUGGUGGCCU